AUGUCUGUCGACAACUUCAAGACAAAUAUUUAUGAAUAUCUCGAGACAUUACCAACAGUUACAUUUCUGAGAUUGUUUCAAAAACCCGCAACAUGUCUUGCCAUCUUUCGUCUUUUACCGAGUAUCGGAAGACAGAUUGUCAUGUCUCUCUUAUAUGUUGAAACCUCAAUUAUUGCACAGGAUGUAAACAGCUGGGUUACCAAAGAUGGUCAACGCAAACUUUCAGAAGCAUUACUCAAAUUGACUCGACUGCGGAUACUCGAGCACAAAGACAAUUGUUUGGUGAUGAACGAGACAUUCCGUCAAGAGUUUCGAAAUGCACUUACAGGAGGAGGAACCCAACAAUCUUUUGGACUUCCCUGUUCAACGCCUGACAAACAUCCUGUAGAUAUCGCGUUCUUAGAUCAAUAUGCAACACAGCAAUGGGAGUCUAUUCUUCAUUACAUGGUUGGCACAUCACUCACAAAGAAACCGAGUCGAGGUGUCCUUAAUCUUUUGGAACGUAGUCAACUUAUGCAGACUAGUCCAACAGAUCAAACACACCUACAGAUCACAAACAAGGGCUUUCAGUUUUUAUUGCAAGAUGUGAAUACCCAAGUUUGGGCAUUUUUACUACAGUAUUUAGACAUGGCAGAGGUUUUGCAAAUGGAUUUGGUAGAGGUCUUGAAUUUCUUGUUUCAAUUGGGUUCCUUAGAGCUAGGAGAGAAUUAUUCGGUUGAGACUUUGACACAGACACAGCAACAAAUGUUAGAAGACCUGAGAGAUUAUGGAAUUGUUUAUCAAAGAAAGGGUGGAUCACGUCGAUACUACCCAACCCGUCUGGCUACCACAUUGACAUCUGGAAAUGCUGCCUUGGCUGGUGCAGCCCUCAAAAAUUGUACAGGUCCUGAAGCUACAAAAACAACCACAACAGAUGAGGAAGAGGGCGAUCAGGGCUUUAUGAUUUUGGAAACCAAUUACAGAGUAUAUGCUUACACUGAUUCACCAUUACAGAUCGCAGUUUUAAAUCUAUUUGUAAACUUGCAAUCUCGGUUCAGAAACAUGGUUGCUGGUGUCAUUAGCCGUGAGAGUGUUAGAAACGCACUCUUAAAAGGAAUCACUGCAGAUCAAAUUAUUUCAUAUAUGCAAACCCAUGCUCAUCCACAAAUGAGAAAAAAGACUCCUAUCCUACCUCUGACCGUUGUGGAUCAAAUAAGACUAUGGGAGAUGGAAAGAAACCGAUUAAAGACAACUCCAGCCUACUUGUACCACGAAUUUGGUACCCAAGCAGACUUUGAUGCAGCAGAGAAACAUGCACAAGAACUCGGCGUAUUAUUGUGGGCAAAUCCAAAGAAGCGUACGAUGAUCAUAACUCAAGAGUAA